AGUCCUAUCACAUGUCAGGAGGAGAUUUUGUUUUGGUUUUACUGUUUACAACAUUUCUCACUUUAGGUUAUAUCUAACUCCAUGAAAAUAUUAUAACUAACAAUUGCUUGAAAACAAAUAUAUCCACCAUGAGAUUAGUUAAUAUUGAGAAGCUCGGCGAGCUUCAAAACAAACCUUCAAACAUCAGGAACAUCUGCAUCAUGGCACAUGUUGACCAUGGAAAAACAACAUUGGCUGAUUCCCUGGUGGCAAGCAACGGUAUUAUUUCCCAGAGAAUGGCUGGAAAAUUGAAGUAUCUGGACAGCCGAAAAGACGAACAAGAACGAGGUAUCACCAUGAAAAGCAGCUCAAUAGCACUGUAUUAUAAAAGUGAGACAAAGAACGAAGAGUACUUGGUCAAUCUGAUAGACUCGCCUGGUCAUGUAGACUUCUCCUCGGAAGUUUCCACUGCUGUCAGACUCUGUGACGGAGCCAUCAUUGUAGUAGAUGUCGUCGAAGGUGUUUGCCCCCAGACACAGGUUGCCCUGAAGCAAGCUUGGCUUGAAAACAUUCAACCUGUGUUAGUGCUGAACAAACUAGACAGACUUAUCUUAGAGGUCAAACUAUCUCCUUUAGACGCUUACGUUCACCUUACACAGGUUCUUGAACAGGUGAAUGCAGUGACAGCCUCUCUGUUCACUACUGAGGUUAUGAAUCGCUCAGAGUCAGUUCCCAGUUCAGGAGACCAACUCCAGGAUUGGUCAGAUGGGCUGGAGACUGCAGACGACUCUCAGUUGUACUUCUGUCCUGAUCAGGGCAAUGUGGUGUUUGCCAGCGCGGCGGACGGUUGGGGAUUUUGCGUACGAGACUUUGCGGCUGUGUACGCUGCUAAGCUGGGUGUCAAACAGGCUGUGUUGGAGCGUACUCUAUGGGGAGACUUCUACCUCAACACCAAGACCAAGAGAAUAGCCAAGGGAGCACAAGAGAAGGCCAAGAAACCUCUGUUUGUCCAGCUGGUACUAGAGAACAUCUGGGCUGUGUAUGAGAACAUCGUCGUGCGCAAGGACAAAGACAAGUUGGUCAAGAUGGCUGAAAGUUUGAAUGUGAAAAUGGCAGCAAGAGACUUGAGGCACACAGACUCUAAAGUUCAACUACAGGCCUUCUGUAGUCAAUGGCUGCCCCUGGCGCAUGCAGUAUUGGAAAUGGUGAGUUCCAAGUUGCCUUCUCCUUGUGAGAUAACAGAUGAGAAGGUGGAGAGGUUGAUGUGUGGUCAAGGCCAAUCCCUGGGGAGUCUUCCCCCGGAGUCACAAGCCCUCAAGCAGGCCUUCCUGCAAUGUAGUAGCGAGCCUGACGCCCCUGUCAUUGUGUUCAUCUCUAAAAUGUUCCCGCUGGAGAGGAAGCUGUUACCACAGAAUCGACCCAAGCCACUCACACCUGAGGAGAUAGCCAAGAGGAGAGAACAAGCCAGACUGCGAUUGGCCAACCAGAACUCCACACCUGGAGAUGGUCAGCCGCUGCCUGAUGUUCCGCCAGAUGGAGGGGGAGGGAUAGAAGGAGACCAGGACACACUACCCCCACCCCCUGCGGAAGAAGAUGAUGUAUUUAUUGCGUUUGCCCGAGUGUUCAGUGGCUGUCUGAGAAGAGAAAGUACUGUGUAUGUACUGGGCCCUAAACAUGACCCCGCUGUGGCUCUUCAAAAGCAAAGACAAGGAGAGGAGAUUGUUGCUGGGGUGACACUGAAGGAUCUCAAGUCAGGUCAGCAUGUGACCAGAGUGACCUUGAGUGACCUUUACCUCAUGAUGGGUCGAGAGUUGGAGACAUUGGAGUGUGUGCCAGCUGGAAAUGUGCUUGGUAUCGGAGGUUUGGAGGACCAUGUGUUGAAGACUGCCACACUGUCGUCGAAUCUCGCAUGUCCAGCCUUCAGAGAGCUGCAACUAAUGGCUGUGCCUAUACUGCGAGUAGCUGUGGAGACCAAACGACCGUCAGAUCUGCCAGCACUCGUACGUGGUCUGCGUCUGCUCAAUCAGGCCGAUGCUUGCGUUCAGGUUAUAGUUCAGGAGACAGGGGAACAUGUGAUAGUCACUGCAGGAGAAGUUCACCUGGAGAGAUGUAUUGAAGAUUUACAACAAAGAUAUGCCAAGGUGGCAAUCAAUGUUUCUGAACCAAUUGUCCCCUUCCGAGAGACGGUUGUUCCCCCUCCAACUGUAGAUAUGGUAAAUGAAGCCAUUCAAGACCAACAAGUCGUAGGAAAAAAGGAAUCGACAGAUGAAUCGGUAGGCGAAGGUGGACUAGUGACAAUAGUGACCCCCAACAAACAGUCUGUAGUGAGACUGAGGGCAGCUCCUCUACCUCAGGACAUCACAGAUCUGCUAGAGAACAAUCUGGAGCUGCUGAGGACCCUGGACAGAGCACAUAAUGUACGUGCAGAGAUGGCUGAAGGAAUCAACAAACUCUCUUUGGAUUCUUCAACAGCAUUAGACGAAAAGACUAAAAAGGCUGUGGAGGCAUUCAAGAAUAAUAUUGCAGAAAUGUUUGAAAAGCACGGUGGUGAAUGGAGUAAAAAAACUGUAGAAGAGAUUUGGAGUUUUGGACCAAGAAGGUGCGGCCCUAAUAUACUCAUCAACAGGAUACCUGAACACAGUGGCCGGAAUGUAUGGAGUGGGGAGAGUAAGCAAGGUUGCCAACCCUCACUGCUUGAGUAUGAUAGCAGUUUUGUCAAUGGUUUCCAGUUGGCAACACUGGCCGGUCCAAUGUGUGAAGAGCCGAUGAUGGGGGUGGCUUUUGUAGUGGAGGACUGGACAAUAGACUCAAGUGCAGAGUCGAACACAAGUGGAGUGUUUGGGCCUCUGUCUGGACAGAUAGUGUCGGUUGUCAAGGAUGGUUGUAGGAAGGCAUUUCAAGCUCAACCUCAGCGACUCAUGGCUGCCAUGUACAGCUGUCAUAUACAGGCCAAUGCAGAAAUUCUAGGUAAGAUGUAUGCGGUGCUGGGCCGUCGCCAUGGCAGAAUCCUCCACGGGGACAUGACCCAGGGCUCCGCCUCGUUCACGGUGGAAGCGGUGUUGCCUGUGGUGGAGAGUUUCUUGUUCGCUCCGGAGAUGAGGAAACAAACUUCAGGACUGGCGAGUCCGCAGCUAGUCUUUAGCCACUGGGAGGUUAUCGAUGUAGACCCUUACUGGGAACCGAGGACCGAGGAAGAGUAUCUUCACUACGGAGAGAAAGCCGACACGGAAAACCGCGCACGUAAGUACAUGGACCAGGUGCGAAGAAGGAAGGGGCUCCCAGUCCAACAGAAGAUUGUACAGUUCGCCGAGAAACAACGGACCCUCGGAAAAAAUAAAUAACUAUUUUGUAUGACAAUUGAAAUAAAAAGACGAUUUGUAA